AUGCCCGAGUCCGACAAGAACGCGGUGAAGUACUCCGACUCGGACACUCUUGUCACAGUUCUAAAUGGUGCCGUCGUCGGCCGUCUUAUUCAACACCCGGAGCGCUCAUUUGCCCUACGAGUUGAGCUAGACCUCGUGAAGGGCGCCAAGUUCUUCGAAAAGAAGCCUCCCACACAUUUCCAUCUCCAGGAAGAGUACAUUGAGGCUGUUGAGGGGAAGAUCAUCGUUGAGCUCGAAGGCAAAGAAAUCAUCCUAGGGCCGACGGACGGCCGAUUUCCCAUCAAGCCGUACGUCCAUCACCGGUCGUACCCCGUGCCGAUCUCGGGCCAGGACGACGGCAUCACUCAAGUCGCCUUUCUUCUGUCUGGUGAGAGGACGGACAACGUCUUUGAGUUGAAUCCCGUGUUCUUUGAGAACUGGUAUAAGUACCAAGACGACAUUGUCGUGAAGGGUGAAAAGAUCGACUUCUUCCAACUUUUCUGCACAUUUGAUGCUGGAGGAACCUAUGUAUCGUUUCCCAGCUGGGUUCCUUUCGGGAAGUACUUCUCUGUCGGGCUGGGUAUCGUGGUAGGGCGAUGGAUCGGGAGCGGAUUGCUCGGGUACCAGCCAUUCUAUCGCAAGUGGACAACAGAUUGGGAUCUUGCAUGCGAUAGAAUGAGUCAGACGGUCUUCCAGAGACGAUUUGUAGACAAUGUAAAGGCCGAUUAA